GUGCUGUUGGUGGCACCCCUCUUGACAACCAACACCGACGUCACAGCGGACAAUGGCACCAAUUCCACUCGCUGGACGCCACCUGCCGAUUGAUCAGUCAAUGCGCCAAGCUGCCAGCAACAAGAAAAUAAUGAAACCUCGACGGCCAAAAAAUCGAUACUGAGCGCUGGAGUCAAGUCCCUGCCUCGCCGAAUUAGAGGAGAUACUAGUAUACAAAACCAAAGAUAAAACCUACGAAAGAAGAUCUAUCUUAUUUCUCCUCCACGUAUUGGAAUAGCGUCAAGAGAUCGUUCAGCUUUUAAAAGAAAACAGUUCACUCACAAUGGUGGCAAUACUCAACGUUGGCUAUUUGUCACUGCUGCUGACUUUGGUGGGAAUUUUCCUGCCUCUACACGGAAGUGCCUUUGCACCCCCAGGACUUUCCCAUUUGAACAAGAGGACGGUUGCUCAGUUCCCACCAUCACAGCGUCGCCAUGAUGAAUCCAGACUGCCAGUAUCAUCAUCGACCCAAAUCAACAUGGGCAGCAGCAUGAACCAACCCCCGCCUUAUCCCAUCCGAGUGACAGUCAUGGGAGGGGGUAAUUUUGGGUUGGCUCUGGCAACUAUAUGUGCCCGAAACGGAAUUCCCGUGACCCUAUUGGUUCGGAAUCAAGAAAUUGCCACUCAUAUCAACCAAAAGCACCAACAUCCCCGGUAUAUGCAAAACAUUACCCUACCCACCAGGAUACGGGCAACAUCCGAUCCCAACGAAUGCUUGCCGGAUGCUACCUACAUUAUUCAUUCUGUCCCCUGCCAAUAUUCUCGCGAGUUUCUCAGUUCCGUGUCAGAGUACAUUCCUCCCAAUACACCCGUGCUCAGUGCGUCCAAAGGCAUUGAAACGAAAAGCUUGGGAUUCAUGGCGGAUAUUCUAAAAGAGUGUUUGGGCGACGAACGACCCUAUGCCUUCUUGUCAGGACCAUCCUUUGCUCGUGAAAUUUGCGAAGGUGUCGCCACCGCGGUAGUGAUUGCUUCGGAGGACUUGGAUCUGGCCCGGGACCUGGCAACUAUGAUGAGCGAUGAAAGUUUUCGGUGUUUUAUUUCCAAGGAUGUGGUUGGAGUCGAAAUUGGAGGGGCCGUGAAAAAUGUCAUUGCUAUUGCAGCAGGAAUGUGUGAAGGUUUGGGACUAGGAACCAAUGCGAUGAGUGGGUUGGUGACCCGUGGAUGCGGAGAAAUGAGACGACUGGGAUUGACAUUUGGCGCUAGGUCCAGUACAAUCUCAGGAUUGUCAGGUGUGGGUGACACUUUUGGAACAUGUUUUGGGCCCCUUUCUCGGAACCGCAAGUUUGGUUACCGAUUGGGUCGAGGGGAGACAAUGGAAGAAAUUCUAGCGUCCUCCACCGAAGUAGCAGAAGGCGUCGAUACAUCCAAGGCGUUGGUGAACUUGAUCCGGACUAAAUGCAAAGGAUACCGUCUCGAUUUGAAGUACCCCAUUCUCUUUGGUGUGGCGUCCAUCUUGGAAGGCACAACGACACCAAUGGAAGGUUUGAAGGGAUUGAUGAGCAUGCCAAUGCAGAUGGAGAACUUUGAUGAGCGGCCGUACGAGUUUGUAGUCAAAGAAGAGGAGUGUGAGCCUUGAGCAUGCUAGCUACGGGUAGGCAGCGUCAGUAACCGAGUGCAUGCCAUCAAAUUGCAUGCCAUCAAAUUGCAGUGGCUUGCUUACUUCCCAUUUUACAUGUAACUAUUUUUAUUGUCUUUAUCCUUUCAUUUGACCUACUGUCACCGAGACCAAGAGAAGCCUACUAGCUACUGUACCGGUACCCAAACGGAGCAAUUAAUUAUUGUAGUGUUUGAUCUCCUCACGACCAACUUCCAUAAGUGUAGGACACUGGUGGCCACUGUGGCGGAUCGAAUCCCUUGCCCCCGAACGGUGAACAUCGUAGCAAUCGCCAUGAAAUCAAGACGGCUCCUUUGCCGGGACCAAAUUCCUUAAUGGCUUGAACUCCGUACUGGGAGCAUGUUGGCACAAAGCGACAAGCCGGCGGCAGGAGUGGGGAUAUAAAAGAUUUGUAGAAUCCCAAUGCAGAUAUCAUGCUGUCGGAUACCGGUGCGCUGGGUUUACUGGUACUGGCAUCGCUGUCCGAUUCGGCAUCUUGUGGUGUUGUUUCUUCAUCAUCCGCUGUCGUGUCUUUGCUGCUGUCGCUGGCCAGAACCCGUGAAUAAUGAUGGCGCCGAUGGACAACCCGUGGCACGAAACAGGUGGCAGUUACUCCAAAUGCUGCCGCGGCAAUCACAGGCUUGGAUCGAACGCUCUGAUACAAGUUAUGCACCGCAAAGCCUCUCAACGUUGGAAUCCUUAUAGCAGAUUGUGCGACAACUCCCGAUACUCGUCCCCAGAGGGCCAUGGACGAUUUUCGGUGGUGAUGAUGGGCUGAGAGGAAAACACAAGAUUGGCAAGCAGCAUCGGAUACAUCUGCCAGCAUGCAGCAAAGGACCGAGACCAAAAGGACUGGUAGAAUCAUCAUCAGCUGAUGUCCCAUCUUCUUUCCAAUCAGCAAGACCAAAGAAGCACAAGCGGCUGUCGAGAUACUGAGAGGUUGGUUUGUGCCUUGUCUGUGAAGAUCCAAGAUCUGAUUCGAUUCGAUUCGAACAAAAAAUCGAACUUGAUUCGAUUUAAGGUCGAUUAGCUUUGCACCCUUCCGAGUGACAGGUCCCCGAA